GCGAGCUGAGCGUCAGCAGGACGGUGGUGCAGCUGGCCUCUGUCCAGAACAGCCCCGGGGGCGUCUACGUUGGCGGGCUGCUUUCGGCAGAGUUGACCAUCCAGAACGUCGGGGACACCUCCAUUGCCUGGUCCAUGGACGUUCCCGAGAAGCCCUGGAUCUCCGUCCGCGGGAGCCCGAGCGGCACCCUGGGCCCUCGUCAGAUCGACGGCAGCACGGCGGUGCCCGCCGAGGUCAGCGUCUUGAUCGAGGCGGACGUCUCGGGCAAGGCAGGCGGCUGGGAGGACGUGUGUUCCUUGGUUAUUCAGUGGCGCCGCGAUGGGAAUGGGUCGUUCGACACGCAGCGCGUUGAGGUGAUGGCCAGGGUGCUAGAAGAGUUGAUCCUGUCUGGGCUGUCUAUGAGCCCAGCGAUAGAGCUCAGUCCUCCAUUCAGCCCAUCAGUGCAGACAUAUUCGGCGUCCCUGCCAUUCCGCAUCACAGAGGUGCAGGUGCGGCCGAGUUUCUCCCCGCCCGCCGAGAAUGUCACAGUGCAGGACGAGCCGGUGACAAGCGGCGGACUGUCGGGCGCGGUGGCUCUGGAGCCGGGGGGAGAGGUGCAGGUGCGCAUCGUCGUGAUGGCCGCAGGCGCCGACAGCAUCACGUACUCGCUGAGGCUCACCAGGGCAGAAGAGGAGCCGCCGCCGCCCCUGGCACUGAGCCGCGUGGUGGCAGAGGACUCGGCCAUCAGAGUGUGGUUCGAGCCGCACGGCGGCCACGGAUUCUACAACAUAACCGGCUACCGCGUGGUCGUUGCCGGCGGGUCCUUCGGCCCGCGAGAGGACACCGUCGCGUGCGUGCCGGCGCCGUGCUGGUCGCAGGCCCUGGCCUCCGAGGCGCCGGGCCUCGACUGCUGUGAGCACCAGGUGGGCGGCCUGCCGAACGGCGUCCCCCACGUCGUCAGCGUCUCGGCCGUGAGCCAGUACGGGGACAGCCAGUCUUCGAUUCCUGCAAUGUGCCAGGACAGCGAGUGCUGGCCGUGGCAGCCAGUGACGCCUCGGGCAGUGGCGGAGCUGCCGUCGGUCUCGCGGGCGCCGCAGGUCACCGUGGUCGGCAGAGGCGUAGUGAAGCUCGACAUUCGGCAGGACUCGGUCCAGUCUGGAGACGCGGUGCCGCUCCUCUUCACGUGCUACGCGUAUGAGGCAGCAGUGCCGCUGGCGUCGCCGUCUUCGUCAGGCAGCAAUGCCAAUGGCGUCGGCAUCUUCGUGGACGGCUUGGACCCUGCCAAGGGGUACCUGUUUCGCUGCGAGGUCGCCACCGCCCGCCUCGUGCCGGGCGCCGGGGCACUCACCAGCAUGAGCCCAGAGUCCCCCGUGGUCUUCCCCGAGCUCUCGGGGUCCGCGCACCUCGUGGACUUCGAGCUGGAGCUGCAGGUCGACGACAGUUUGCACGACUUCCUGCUUCUUUUGCUGUCCGACGACAGCGUGCGUGGAGCCAUCGCGGAGGCCCUGUCGCAAGGGGUCGGAGCGCCAGUUGCUAUCGUGGAUUGCGAGCUGCUAGCAGAGGAAGCCAGCGACAUGCGCCUGGCCUCUCUGACCCUCAUCUUGCGGAUCACGGCGCAGGCUGGUGGACCGUCGGAGUUGGCACAACUCAUUGUCUACCUCAUGGGGGCUGAUGCCUCUGACGUGACAACCUUGAUCAGUGAGGCCUUGGGCGCAGAUGUUGUCGUGCACGGUGGCGGAUCAGUGGAAGUCAGUCUUGUGACCGCUGACGGCGAUGUGCCUGUAGAACUGUUGGAAUGCGACGCCGAUGGGCUCGUCGCCAGCCUCUCUUCGCCCAACGCUUCGGCGGUGAAUUCCGUGGUGUUCACCGAGCUCGCCGUGGGCAGCACCAUCGGCAACAUCCGGUGCACCGCCAGCAACGCCGCGGGCACGUCCGAGCCGAGCAUGGCCUGGCCCACCGCCCUGACGGUGGUGGGCCUCCCCGGCCUGGAGUUCGCGUGCCUGAGGCCUAGCUCCGCGCAGGUCGAGCUGGGCAUCGAGCUGCCGACCGGCCCAGCCUACGACGAGGUGGUCAACCUGAGCUGCGGCCCCGCCUCCGGCGGCGCCCAGGCCCCAGCGCAGGCCACAGGCGGGGGCGCCUGGCACGCGACGGUGGGCGGCUGCCUGCCCAACCUGCAGGUGUCCUGCGAGCUGCAGACCCUGCACGGGCUGCGGGCGAGCGCGGCCCAGGAGGUGACCUGCGGCCUGCCCCUGCUCUGCACCUACGCGCUGGAGGGCGGGCCGGGGCCUGCGGGGCCCGCUGCGGAGGAGAGCCUGCGGCAGCUGGUGGCCGCGGAGCUGCGGACGCCCCCUGGCCCCCUGACGUCCGCGCCAGCCUGGCGCCGCUUGGCGAGCCCUUCCGCAGCUGCGCCGGCAGCAGCACCGCGACCGGCGGCCUCAGGAGUGCUGAGUGGGUUUGCGGCCGCCGGAGCCCAGCUUCUCGUGGAGGUGCUGGUCGAGGAUGAGUCGGACUCCAACAUUCCGGCGCACUUCGACGGCCUCCGCAGGCUCGCAGCCGACGGCGUGCUGGCAUCGAGCACGUCCGCGACAGUCAGCAUCAUCAAUGGGCCGCUGGUUUCGCACCCGCUCUUCUUCGACUCUUCCCUGGAAUCGCUCGCCGUGGAUCCGGGCAUUCUGUCCCCCGAGUUCGACCCGACUGUCUUGCGCUACUCCGCCAACGCGACGGAUCUCAGGUACAGGAUCAAGGCGAAGGCCAGUAGCAACUUGUCCUCCUGGGCCUUUGUGGGCGGCCACGAGGAGAACACGAUCACCGCAGUGGCGCCGGCCUCGCAACUGAUCACCGUGACUGUGACGGCUGGGGACUUCUCGACGACCUCCUAUGAGGUGGAGGUAUUCUUCCAGCCCCUCGGCUGCGAUGGCCACUGUGACCGCGGCACUUGCGACCAGCUGACCGGCAGCUGCAGCUGCUUGGAGGGCUGGUACGGCGCGAGCUGCGCCAGUUAUUGCCCUGGGGUGCCCGCCUGCAGCGGCCGCGGCGCGUGCAGCAAUGGCACCGGGCGCUGCGAGUGCGACAGCACGUACGGCGGAGACGACUGCACCACGCGGGUGUGCCCGGCGUGCCUCAACAACGGCGUGUGCCUCGAGGGCCUGCAGGCGCCCGAUGCCGACUGGGGGUGCGGCUGCCCCGAGUCGCACGCGGGGGAGCUCUGCGAGCGGUGGAGGUGCCCCUCGGACUGCUCCGGCGCCGGGGACUGCGACGGCGGCAGCGGGCUCUGCUCGUGCUACCCCGGCUACAGCGGGGCGGACUGCGGCGCCAAGGACGAGGCCCUGUACCCCAUUGAGUUCUGUCUCGACGUCACGCUG